AUGGCUUUCUUGAGGGUAAUAGAAUUAUUUGACUUAGUUCAGUUGGACAUGGACCUUGGAAACUAUGAGCGAUUCCUAGAAAUCAAGCUGACCCGUGAUAAUAAUAUUUCUACCGGAAUGAUUUACCAGCUUGUCCCUCACAUCACAGAUGCUAUCCAAGACUGGAUUAAGCGUGUAGCACAUAUACAUGCAGUUGAUGGAAAGUCAGGCCCUGCUGAGAUGUCUACAAUGAUCUUAUAUCCCAUUGAGUUCUUUUCUAGUGAUGCUGAGAAAUUUGCAGAAGAAUGUCCUUGCUGUACUGGUUGUAGAUCGGGUCGCAUCAUUUGGUCUGCUACUGUGCCUAUCUAUCUCAUUCAGAGGGCAAAACACUUCCUUUUAUUACUGUUGAAGAAGGGUUGA